UCCAAAAGUUAACCGGUAGAUCCGGUUGCUUUGAUCCGUUUUGCUCUCUAUUGGGCCGUACCCUCUUCUUUAGUUUCCAACAGCCUUUCUCUCUCUGCUUUUGCUAGUGGUACUGUCUUAGCUUUGAUUCUCUGUUCUCUGUUUUGUUCUGUUUCGCGUAUUGUCUUCAUACAGGAACUUGAACAAUGAAGAAUGCAAAGGGCAAGGGAGCAGCAAGGGCCUCAAAAGAAUCACUGAAGCCCGUUGAUGACCGAAAGGUUGGAAAGCGGAAGGCUUCCGGUAAGCCUGGGAGAAGUAGUGCACCAAAGAAGGAGAAGAAGGCCAAGAAAGACCCCAACAAGCCUAAAAGACCACCCAGUGCUUUCUUUGUGUUCCUUGAGGAGUUCAGGAAGACCUUUAAGGCUGAGAAUCCUAAUGUGAAGGCUGUAUCAGUUGUUGGGAAAGCUGGAGGAGAGAAAUGGAAAUCCUUGUCCAGUGCUGAGAAAGCUCCAUAUGAAGCCAAGGCUGCGAAAAGGAAAGCUGAGUAUGAAAAACUUAUCAAAGCUUAUGAUAAAAAGCAGGCAAGCUCCGCAGAUGAUGAAGAAUCAGACAAGUCCAAAUCUGAAGUGAAUGAUGAAGAUGAUGCCAGUGGAGAGGAGGAGGAAGAGGAUGAUGAGGAGGAAGAGGACGAUGAAGAUGAUGACUGAGAUUGAUGUCCAAAACCUUGGUUAUGAUGUUUUGUUUGUGAAGGAGGCUAUUAUAUAUUCUGAUUGUGCAUACUAGGCUACUUUUUUAUAUUUGUGCUGGUAGAAAAGAAUUUCUUCUUUUGUUGGCAUGAUAUACUCUACCAACUACUUGAGCUUCCCUCACUUAGCUAUCGUACCUGAAUCACUCUUUGUGCAUUGUAGCCUUACAUGGGUUGCUUUAAGUAAUAUAAUUUCUUUCUGAUCAAUGCAUUGUUAUAAUUAUAGUUAUUAGUAUAAA